AUGACUUGGGGACAAUACACUAGGUUUGUUUUAAUAGGGGCACUGGCCUUGCAGAAUAUCCACUUUGGAAAAGGCUACAAAGAGAAAGAACACAGUCAUAACAGUGGGGAAAGUGCUGAUGCUGCAGCACAAAAGCAUCGUACAAAAGACCAAGCCACAACAUUAAAUAUCUUCAACAAUAUGAAUCAGAACUAUGAGAGCAGAAAGCAACAAAACUCUAGGGCACUGGUUCCUUUCACUGGACUUACAGAAAGUAAAACACUUAACCGGCAUUGCUGUCAAAAUGGAGGGACCUGUAUCCUGGGUAGCUUUUGUGCAUGCCCCAAAUACUUCACUGGCAGAUAUUGUGAGUGGGAUGAACGGAAGAGCAACUGUGGCCCAUUUACACAUGGUGAAUGGAUACGAAAAAGUUGCCAGCUGUGUCGAUGUGGCUAUGGUGUUCUACACUGUCUAGCUGAUCAAACUCAAAACUGUGCUGUAAGAGAGGAAGAGGAAUUUAUUCAUUUGCGUUCAAAUUGCCUAGGAUUACAGCAAACAAUGUGUUUUUUUCUUAUCCUAGUGGCCUGCUUCUUCACAUUCUUUUGCACCAAACUCUUCUAGCAACUGUGA